AUGGGUGAUGGUCCCAGAGACCGAGGCAGUUUGCGGAAGUGUUGAGCUUAAACUCUCUUGGUGGCUGGAUAAAUCAGUCCACAGGUCCUGACUCCCCAGGAGCAAUAGAAUCAUGUGAAACAGGAGAAGUUGUGGGGUUGGGUGUCAGCAUAUCCGGGGACACACCUGACUGAAGACAGAAUUUCUGAACAGAAAUUUAGAGCAGACCCAGGACACACCAAGACAGAGCCUCCCUGUUGCCAGCUCUUUUCAGAGAACGGAAGAAAAUGCUCCUGGCUCAGGUGGCCUUGGAAUCCCUGACAUUUCACGAUGUGGCCGUGGACUUCACCUGGGAGGAGUGGCAGCUCCUGGACCCCAGUCAGAAGAACCUGUACAGGGACGUGAUGUUGGAGACCUACAGCAACCUGGUGUCAGUGGGGUAUGAAGCCAGCAAACCAGACGUGAUCUCCAGGUUGGAACGAGGGAAAGAACCGAGGACAGUACAGGAUGAACUGCACCGUCCAGUCUGCCCAGAACUCAGGAAAGCUGAUGAUCCUCUACAGUGUCGCUUGCAAAGUCGAAGCAUUCAGAAGAGUGUGGAACGAUGCUGUGAACAUAAUAUGUUUGCAAAUACUGUUAAUCAGAACGAAGGUCAUCCCCUGUUAAAGCAAAAUCAUGAUAUGUUUGAGAUAUGUGAAAAACCUUUAAAAUCGAAUUUAAGUUUUGAAAACCUGAACAAAAACUCUAACUUAAGGAACUCCGUUGAGUUGAAGGGAGAUGGGUCAUCCAUUCUGCAUGCUAACCAUGAGCAAUUUUACACUGAAAUGACAUUAUACAUCAGUUGCAAACCCAUCAAUAGUAAGUCCCAGGUCAUUCAGCAACAGAGAACUCACAACGUAGAGAAAGCCUAUAUGUGCAUUCAAUGUGGCAGAGGCUUCAUCAAGAUGUCUGAGCUCACUGACCAUCAGAGAGUCCAUAGGAGAGAGAAAGGUCAUGGAUGCAAUCUGUGUGGGAAAGUUUUCUCCAGAAAGUCAAGGCUCACCGAACAUCAGAGAAUUCAUACAGGACUGAAACAGUAUGAAUGCACAGAAUGUGGCAAAACCUUCCUCAAGGCAUCACAGUUCAAUGUACAUUGGAAAACUCACAUGAAAGAGAAACCUUAUACCUGUAGUGAAUGUGGAAAAGCAUUCGUAAAAAAGUCUCGACUCAUUUAUCAUCAGCGAACUCAUACAGGAGAGAAACCCCAUGGGUGCAGUCUAUGUGGGAAGACCUUUUCUACAAAGUUUAGUCUCACUACCCAUCAGAAAACUCACACAGGAGAGAAACCGUAUGUAUGCAGUGAAUGUGGAAAGGGCUUCAUUGAGAAGAGUCGUCUUAUUGCACAUCAGCGAACUCAUACAGGAGAGAAACCCCAUGGGUGCAGUCUAUGUGGGAAGACAUUCUCUAAAAAGUUUAAUCUCACUGCACAUCAAAGAACUCACACAGGAGAGAAACCGUUUUUGUGCAGUGAAUGUGGGAAAGGCUUCUCAAUGAAGCAUUGCCUCAUCGGACAUCAGCGAACUCACACUGGAGAGAAGCCUUAUGUAUGUAGUGUUUGUGGAAAAGGCUUCACAAUGAAACGUGAUCUUACUGUACAUCACCGAAGUCAUACUUCAGAGAAACCAUAUGUGUGCAAUGAAUGUGGGAAAGGCUUCACUGUGAAGAGUCGUCUAGUUGUACAUCAGCGAAUGCACACAGGUGAGAAACCAUAUGUGUGCAGUGAAUGUGGAAAAGGCUUCCCAGUGAAAAUGCAGCUCAUUGUACAUGAACGGACUCAUACAGGAGAGAAACCUUAUAUAUGCAGUGAAUGCUGGAAAAGUUUCACAGCUAAGUGUAAUCUCAUCAGACAUCAGCUAAAACAUACAGGAGAGAAGCCCUAUGUAUGUGGGGUGUGUGGAAAAGGCUUCACAGUGAAGACUGAUCUCACUUUACAUCAGCGAACUCAUACAUAAGAGAAACCAUGUAUGUGCAGUGAAUGUGGGAAAGGUUUCCCCAUGAAGAGUUAUCUUAAAAUGCAUUGGCACACUUAUAUGGAAUAGAAACCUUUUAUAUGCAAGGAAUAUGGCAAAGGCUGAAUUGAGAAAAGCAUGGUUAUUGACCAUCUCUGAAUUUAUAUGGGGAGAAAUUGUAUAUUAUGCAAUGAAUGUGGAAAGGGCUUCACCAUGAAGAGAACUUCAGAUAUACAUCAGUAAACUUGUACUGCAGAGAAGUUGUACAAAUGUAAUGAAUGUGAAGGCUUUAGGGAGAAAACGUGCCUCGUACAAGAUCAGAGAUUUCUGUCAGGAAACACUUUCUUUGCAUGUUCUCAAUGUGGAAAAUUCUCUUUAAUCAAAAAUGAUUUUAUUUCACAUCAGAGAAACCAUGUGAAGGUAACACAUGGGAAAGCCUUCACUACAAAGAUAAGAAGCAAAAUUCAUCAAACAAAAAUAUACUUGAGAGGCCUUCUGGGUGCAGUGAUAGUGGGAAAGCUUUGGCCUGCUUGUCAGUUCUUGUUAAACAUGAAAAUUCGUAGGUACUUGCUUUGGGGAAAGCCUAUUGCCAGUUGUAAUAGGCCCUCAAGAUAAUAGUAUGCAAUGAGGAACAACCAUGCAAAAAGAGAGAAGGAAGGUUUAUGUAAAGAAUGUGGUACUGUCUUUAUUGAUCAAUUACUGUAUUUUGCCACAUGUAAAGUGCACCCACAGUUUUGUGUGCAUUAUGUAUGGGAUUAUGAUACCCAUUAUAAUACCCAUGGUUGUAAUCAUUAUACUCAUGUAUAAUGCAUAUCCUUGUUUUUCCCUAAAAAAUUUGGGCAAAAAAAGUGUGCAUUAUAGGUGGCAAAAUAUGGUGCCUUAUAUUUCUUACCCAAAAAAUUUGCUAAACAACUCAGAUAUAAUCAGCCUGAUGAAAAUAUUUUAGGACAUUAUAUGUCUAAACAGUGUAUACUGAGAUAAAUCCUAUAAAUGUGACUAACUGGGAAACUGUAGUCAUGUAGACCCUCAUGUAGAUCAGAGAUGAAUGGAUGAAUGAAUGAAUGAAUGAAUGAAUAUUUUUAAUUGUGGGGAAAGCAUCUGAUCAAAAGUAAGACCUCAGUAGAUGUCAGUUCACACUAGAGAAAUUAUUUUCUCUGGCAGUGAAUAUGGCAUGGUUUUUAAUAAUUUAUGUUGCCUCAUGAUUUGCUAGGAAGUCUAUGCAGAAACAAGCACAUUCAAUUUGGUGGUCUUUAGCCAAACCUCAGAUAAAUUAAUGAACAAAAGGAAGCCUUGAAUGAAAGCAUUCUGUCUUAAGUCCAAACAGAUAAGGCGCCUCAGGAGCGAUUGGGAGAGGAUACCUUCAGCCAUAUUUCUACCUGCUUUGCCAUUCAUUAAUUUUAUAAGUUUUAAACAGUGGUAGUUAA